UGUUGAAAGUUGGAAUCAGUUGAGUUUUGUCCAGUUGGGCGGGAGGACUGACUAUUUGAAUUUUAAUCGUUUGCGUUGAGUUGCACUUUGUUUGGAUAUAUUGAAACUGUCUAUGGAUGACUUAGUUUGAUCGUGGAUCGUGUCCAGAAUAAACAACAACUUAAAAAAAAUUAUUAAUUGAAAAUUGUUUAUCUAAAUCGAUUGUGAUUAACUACCACUACCACCAAUACCACUAACGCCACCCAACUGAUUUCAUCAUAAUAAUAUGAAUGAAAAUGAUAAAAAACAUAAUAUCGACCACACAAAGAUGCCGCUUAAGCUUGACAUUCACAAGGCCAAUUCGGUGCCAAAGCCCCCACGUCUGAAACCAGCCAAAAAGAAGAAACGUCGCGAUAAAAGUGAUUUGGGAGAGAAUUUUGUUGCACCAGAUGGCGGAUGGGGUUGGCUGGUUGCCUUUGCAUCUGGAAUAUGUAUUUUAGUCACAUUUCCAAUUAUGCAGCAAUUUGGCAUAUUGUUUAGAGAUAGAUUUAAGGAAUUAGGUAUAAGUAGUUCACAGAUGACAACUAUAAUUAAUACACAACAAGCUGUAUCUGCUUGUACAGGUCUUUUCAAUGGUCCCCUGUUUCGACGUUUUUCAUACCGACAAUGUGCCAUAACUGGUGCACUUUUAAUAUUUGUUGGUCUAUCAGCAACAGUUUUAGCAGAUUCGUUCCUUUUUUACGUCUUGACUAUUUCCGUAAUAUAUGGAAUCGGUAGAGGCCUUAUGGUAUCAUCAUCUUCCCUAGCUGUUAACACAUAUUUCAAAAUAAAAAGACGAGCUGCCACCGCUUAUCAAUUCACCGUAGCUGGCAUGGGACCAAUCGGUCUGCCGUACCUCUCUACAUUCCUUAUGCAACAAUAUAGUGUUGCUGGAGCUGUCCUAUUCUACAGCGGUAUGUCACUUCAUAAUCUAGCCUGUGCAUUUAUCUAUCAACCUGUCAAGUGGCAUGUAAAGAAACCCAAAGCUAAUCCUGAAGCUGGUGGAAAGCUUUCCGAUAUUGAGCUUGAUCAUCAUCAAAUACUUGAUCAUGCAGCUGAUCCAGAGACACCAAUGAUGGCUAGAGCAAACGAUGGAUGGUAUGGUUCAAAGAAGUCUCUGAAUAGACGUAAAAGCUCGGUAACAAGUUACAAGAUCAAUGACGGUACUCCGGCAAAUUCACCAGCGAUUUUGUCGAAACCACCAAAACUUUCAACUUCAUUAAGUAAGCCUUCAAUGGAACCAGUUAAGGAAUUACCUUUACCAGAAGAAAAACAUUUCUUAGAAAAAUCUGACGAAGAAGAUUUAGAAAACGAAGAAGAUCAGGUACAAAAGAAAUUGACGAUUUGCGAAAGAAUUGCAAUAUUUUUCGAUCUUGAUCUUUUGAGGGACUUCACUUUCGUCAACUUAGCUGUCGGUUUGACUGUGAUAAGUUUUACAGAAAUUAACUUUGCCAUCUUGACUCCGUUCAUAUUGAGUGACUUUGGAUUUGAUAAUAGCAAAAUUGCUGCCGCCAUGUCUAUGCUAGCUGCUUGUGAUAUGUCAGUACGAUUUUUAAUACCAUUUAUAACGGCAAAAAUGAAAUUCGACAAUAAGUAUUUCUUUUUGGGCGGUAUUAUUGGAAUGUCCUUGGGAAGAGCUGUUGUGGCACAUACCACGAAUUUUACUGUAAUGCUACUAGCUUUCGGUUGGAUGGGCUUGAGCAAGGCUAUGAGAGUGGUAUUUUGGAAUCUUAUUAUUCCCGGAUAUGUUCCGUUGAAGAGACUUCCGGCUGCUGCUGGAUUGCAGUUACUUUUGUCAGGAGUUUUUACUUUAACUUGUGGACCAAUUAUUGGUCUUGUUCGAGAUGCCACAAAUUACACAUUUACACUUCACUGGAUGAACGCGAUGUGCUACAUGGUGGUGAUUGCAUGGUUUUUAGAAGAUUUUUAUAAACAAAAGAAGAAACGGGGGAAGGCAGUAGAGCAAGAAGUUAUUGAAGAUCAACCAACCGAAGAAGCUAAAUAGUUUUUUUGUAUUUGUUUUUUCUUAUUUCUUUAUUAUUUUGUUGUUAUUCGUGUUUAUGUUUAUAAUGCAUUUGUGGAAUUUCUUUUUUUAUGAAAUUUGUAUAGAUGAUUUUUUAGAUAAUUUUGUAUUGUAAUUUAAUUUUUUUUUUGUUAUUUGUUAUUAUUUUCUUACAUUAAUAAUACAUAAUUUAAUUUUUUUUUUGUUUAUUUUGAAAGACUGCUGAAAUUUAAAAAUUCAAAAUGCUGAACAAAUUGUACUGAGAAAAAUAUAAAAAAUGACUUCGAAAAUAAUAAUAUUUUGGUGUGUUUUAUUAGGCGUAGAAUUAGAUGGAUGUUCGAAAAAUAUUUCAUUGCAUAUUUAUAGGAACAUUUAUAAGAAAAUGAUCAUGAUAAUGAACAGUCGUUGAAAUUUAAAAUUGAAUUCCACAGAAAUGAUCACAAAAGAUUCUGGAAGAUCUUUAAUUUAGGUUUCUACAGAAAGGUAUUUUCUAUUAUCGUCAUUCCAGUCUAGAAUUUGGAAUAAAUUACGUAACCCGCAAAAAUUUCAUUUCACAAAAAACAAAAAAAAAAAUAUUUCGAGAAAUAUCUUAUUAAAUAGUGACUAUUGAAUUUUUAUUUAUUUUUUUUUUUCAAUGGUUUCUUAGUUUUUUUUUAACAUCUCAAAAAAAAAAAAACAAAAACAAAAUUGCACUAUUUUUUGUUUUUAUAUAACGUUUAUUUUUAUUAAUAAUUUCAAAACUUUGAAUUUUGAAAUAUAGAAUAAUAAAAAAGCAUCCAAAACCAAAAAAAUAAUUUUUAAGAAACCUCUUAAAAUUUAAACAGAUUUUGUAUAUUUUGUAAGUAUAUUAGAUUUUUCUAUUUAUUUGAUCUUUAAAAAAAAAUUUAUCCAACUGUUAUAGUCCUGAAGAAGAACAAAGACACAAUAAAGACCUAAAGCCCGCUUAGGAUUUAAUAUUAA